AUGGACAGAGGAGUUGAUGCUUAUGGUGGAGGACGGCAAGUUGAUGAGGGAGCUGGCUCGAGUUCCUCGCCGGAGCUUUCGACGCCCCCUCGCUCUCCUGACGCAACGCUAGAGAGCAAUUCUCCAUUUCCGAAUUCCACAAUCCGAGUUGGUGUUGCAGGACGCUCGUCAAGCGCAAACGCAGCCACGGCAUCUUCAACUCCGGCUAAGAAUAGCAACUCAACGUCUAUCGCCAACAUAGCCACGACUGCAGCCCCAGCCAAACGGCCACGCAAGAAGAAAGAUCUUGAUGCGACUGCCGACGAAAAAAUAAAAGAAAAGAAGCCGCGCAAGCCACGCGAACCAAAAGAUCCCAAUGCACCUUCUAAACCCAGGAAGCGACAGAAGGUUGCAGAUGCACCUCGCGAUGAUACAACCCUCGCGCAACCACAGCAUUCUCGCCAGUCGAAAAUCACUGACCUCGUCGGCUCGGCUCAAGCACCUGCGCAAACCUCGCCGUCAAUGCCGCGACCGAGCAAUCCCGAACUCACACACAACCCGUCCCUGGCGCAUCUUGUAACCGCGCCAGCAACAACACCUCGCCCAUCCUCGAGCGGACAGGUAUACGAUCCUAUCCGCUCCGCCACGAUUGAGUCUGGCGCAAAGCCCAGCUUGACCAAUGUGCCGCAGCAGUCUUCACCCAGCAGGUUUGCAAACCGGGCAAGUGCAUCACCAUCCAUCGCUAGCCUGAUCGAUCCCCCGCCUACCAGCACUUUGUCAACUGCGUCCGAGAAGACGCGCAGUGCAAUGUUGCAAGCACCAAUAUCAGUCACAUCAGCCCCCGCCUCGCCCGCCGUGGUCCCUAUGAAGCCCUCGACUACAGUGUCAGGCAACGGCGCGCAACGACCCACGCCAACCCACUCCGCCAGCACCGAAAUGGACAUUGACGAAGCGCCCGCACCCCCCGUAACCAAGAAAUCCCCCAGCACGAACACAUCCUCAACAACAGCCACGCCCCCCGCCAAGCCCGCGCGCCAAAAGGAAGCCCCCCCACCCCUCCCCACAGGCAGCGGCCUGCUCUCGGGCACAGCCUUCGGCCCCAUGACCGCCACAAACGGCACCACAGUAACCAAAGGCCCGACCAUCUGGCUAACCUUCAACCUCAAACGCGACGAAUGCACCACCAUCAACUUCACCCAGGAAGUCGAGAAGAAAUACGGCUUCGCAGCCCUACAUCCACGGCUCGCGGCACAGCGCGAGCGACGCCGCCAGAUCGCCGCCGCGGGCGCGGCGCUGGAGGGGGCGUCUGGCCAGGCGUCCACGGACGAUAUGUCGCUCGACCUGUCGGAGGCGGACAGCAAUGUCGAGAUGGGCGGGGUCGAGGACGAGGCCUCGGCCGGCGGUGACGCGCAGCCGAAGCGACGGCGGAGACGGAAGCUGGAAGACUACGACAAGGAAGAUGACUUUAUUGACGAUACCGAGCAGGCGUGGGAGCAGAACGCCAUGAUGGCCAAGGACGGCUUCUUCGUGUACAGCGGACCGCUUGCUACGGAGGAGAAGCCUGCCGCGGAGAGACCCGAAGGCACACGCGGCCGCGGCCGCGGCAGAGGACGCGGCGGCAGCACGCGCGGCGAGACAUCCGGCCGGGGCAGCAGGGGCGGCGGGCGCGGUUCCAGAGGUGGCGCUACUGUGCGAAAGCCUCGUGUUACGAAAGCUGACCGUGCGUUGAUGGAGCAGGAAAAGAGCGAGCGCGAAAAGAUUGCCGCGACGCUGGCCGCUAAGCCGGUUGUGCAGCUGGCGGGGGGGACGGUUGUGUGA